AUGGUCCAUCGCAUAGGCGCCAUCAACGGCAUCGACCACGUCGCCGAGCUCUGGGCGCGCAACAUUACAGGCCAAGGCGUCAAGGUCGGCAUCUUUGAUACCGGGCUCGCACCGUCUUCGCGGUCGUUGUUUCGCCACGUCCAUGACAUCUCCAACUGGACCGACGAAGACGACCUGACGGAUGGCAACGGCCACGGAACGUUUGUGGCCGGCGUCAUUGGCGGCGCGGUCGACGGCUGCCCGGGCCUCGCGCCGGACGCAGCCAUCUACGCAUUUCGCGUCUUUCGCACCGACGGCGCGGUCUACACGUCGUGGUUCCUCGAUGCGAUCAACUACGCCCUCUUCCUCGAGCUCGAUGUGCUCAACUUUAGCAUCGGUGGCCCCGAUUUUAAAGACACGCCGUUCGUGGACAAGAUCGCGGAAGCCUCGGCCCACGGCCUGAUUGUCGUGUCGGCCGCCGGCAACACGGGGCCGUACUACGGGGUGGUGACCAACCCGGCCGACCAAGUGGAUGUCAUUGGCGUCGGCGGGCUCACCGCCGACUUGACGCACCUCGCACCGUUUUCGUCCCGCGGCCUCACCACGUGGGAGACGGAUGUCGGGUAUGGCCGCGUCAAGCCAGACGUCGUCGCGCUGGCCGAGAACGUCUUGGGGCCGACCCGCGACGGCGCGUGCACGGCACUGAACGGCACGAGCAUGGCGGCGCCGCUUGUGACGGGUGCGAUCGCCCUUCUGCUCUCGGCCAUGACACCCGCCCAGCGCCUGCGCUACGGCCACGUCGGCUUUCUCAAGUCGCUUUUGCUGCAGUCGGCGUCCCGCCUGCCGUCGCACCCGCGUCUGCACAAUGAGUGGCACCACGUCUACGAACAAGGCGCGGGACGACUCCACCUGACGCAAGCGCUCGCCAGGAUGGAGAGCCUUAUGGAGGACCCGCGGCCGACGCUCUUGCCCGCGUCGCUCGACCUCACCGACUGUCCGUACAUGUGGCCCCAUUGCCGCCAAGCCUUUUACUUUGACGCGAUUCCAAUCGUCUUCAACAUUACGGUGGUCCAUCCCACGACCGCCACCAGUCGGUUUGCAUCGCCACCCGUGUGGCUCCCCGGACUGAACGGCGAUCUGCUUACGAUUACGACAUCGGGCACCGAUCGUGUCGUGCACCCGUAUACCGGCGCGUUCGGCGUCCACGUGUCGGUGGCCAUUCCCGUCGCAUCGCCGGUUCUUGCCGAAGGCCGGCUACGGCUGACGCUCACCGAUGCAAGGAGCGUCGACCUACCACUGCGCAUUCCAUUGCAGCCGACGCCGCCCAAGCACCAGCGCAUCUUAUGGGACCAGUUUCGGAACCUCCAGUACCCGUCUGCGUACAUUCCAAAAGACGAUGUGCUUGGCGUUGACCCGUUCGACAACCACGGCGACCAUGUGCACACCAACUUUGCCGACCUCUGGCUUUCGCUCAUCGACGCAGGCUACGCCGUCGAUAUUGCAACUGUCGACUAUACGUGUCUGUCACUGGCAUCCUACGGCGCGAUCCUGGUCGUCGACCCAGAAGAGCCGUGGUUCGAGGCCGAGCGCGACUCUCUUCGCGCAAGCUUGGAGCACGCCAACACGUCGCUCUUCCUUGUCGGCGGCUGGUACAAUGAAGCGGCGAUCGCGGCGCUCGAGCUAUGGGACGCCAACACGCUGAGCUACUGGCGGCCGGUCGUCGGUGGCGCCAAUAUCCCUGCCAUAAACGCGCUCUUAGCGCCGUUUGGCAUUGCGUUCGGCACGUCCAUAUGGUCGUCGCUGCCACGCACCGAUGGCGUCGGCGUUGUCUCGAGUGCGUCGCUCGUCCGGUUUCCAGUCGACGGCCACGUCUACUACACGCAGCUGCGCAACGUCACGCUGGCAACGAUGCGCCGUCCAAUGACCACGGACACGUGGGAGUCGGUGCCGAUUCUAGGCCAUUACCAGAUCCCAGACGGCGGUGGCCGCAUCGUUGUCAUGGGCGACGCCGCGUGCAUGGACGCAAGCAGCGCGCAAACCCUCGAGUGCUAUGACGUGGUCCUCGAGCUCAUGCGGUAUGCGACGACAAUGGAGCUGCCGGCGACGCGGGCGGAUCGAUGGGUGCAUCUGGCUUCGAAUCCGCUCGUCGCUUCGUUUGCGCCGGUGACCUCGCAGCCUUCGACCGAGCUAUGGAAGCAAAGCAAAGUCGUGGGGCCGAAGAAGAAGCCCGGCAUGUGUCGACCCCAUGAGACACCGUAGUCCAAGAGCUUGAAUCGAUGGACAUGUAGAGACAGA